AUGGCGAGAGGGCUGGAUAUUCUUAAGGCCAAACUGCCCAAGGCCCCAACGGGAAGGAGGCCGAUUGGCUAUAGAGGAAAUCACCAGCAUGGAAAAUCGCUGUAUGACCCCGUUUAUCCCACGACGAAGAUCCCAGCCAGCCUCGUGCCGCGCUACCCUAUAGACUGGCGAAACGGAGGCAGGUUCCUCUUAUGCGUUGGUCUCAGAAGAAUCGAGAAUCGCAUCAUAAAACGGAUGAAGCAGAGUCAAGAUUUCAAUCGACCGGAAUGUAGGACAUGUAAUCACGACUGCAUAGCGAGUUACAACCGAUGCCUAUGUGCCUGGUAUUGCAAAGACAAAUUUAAGCACGUCUAUGACUGUGACGAGGUGUUGCUACAAUACAAGGGAGAAACGCAGACGGACAAGCCUCUCUUUACUGUCCCGAGGUGGGUAGCCAAGAGGAACUCCAACCAGGGAAUCGAAUAUAGGUUCAAUGAGAAGACGGGACGGUUUGAAAAUGCCCAAGGGGAAGAAGACAUGUAUAAGCUUUUUUACAGAAAGCUGCAUUAUGGAGCUGACUCCACUGCCCAUGAAGUCGCGGGGGGCAGUGCGAUUGGCGGAGGUGCGAUUACCGGCCCUGUAGAGGAGGGACAGCUCUCCGGUUCGGAUUCCGACAUGACGGACAGCGAUGAGGAGGGGUAG